AUGGGGAAAGGCCCCGGUGGCGGUGAACUCGCCGCCUUCGACUUCCCCUCCCUGCAGACCGGUGGUCUUUUCUCCUUCACCGAUCUCAAUGCCCCGGACUACAUGGGCCUGCUGCCCAUCACCUCGGCCGCCUUCACCCUCAUCUCCAGUGAGCUCAACUCCUCCGGUGGCCACUCCGCCAACCGGACCGUGAUGCGCACGCUUGCCAUCGCCACCGCUGGCUUCACGGCCUGGUUCCCCUCGGUGCGUGGGCAUCCACCAUGGUCCCUCCCGAUUUUUUGA